AUGUUAUAUUCACCAAAAGAUAGAUCAUACGAGGAGGCUGUAAAUGCGUUAUUGUCGUUACAAUCUAACCAGUCAGUAAUCAUACAGUCAACAUUACAAAGAAAAAAUGAUAAAGAAACAAUGGGAAAAAUUAUAUUGGAAGAGAUGACCCAGUAUUGUAAAUCUAUAGAUAUUGAUUUUGAUAAAUUAUCAGUUAUUCAUGUUGCAGGUACAAAAGGAAAGGGUAGUACAUGUGCUAUUACAGAAUCAUUAAUUAGAAAUCAAGGUUUUACAACAGGUUUAUUUACAUCACCACAUUUAAUAUCACCGAGAGAAAGAAUUAGAAUUAAUGGUGAAAUGAUUAGCAAAGAGUUAUUUACAAAGUAUUUUUGGAUAUGUUGGGAUACUUUAAUUAAAGAUUUCGAUACACAAUUACCAAAUUACUUUAGAUAUUUAACCUUAAUGGCAUUAAAGGCAUUUCAAGACCAAGGAGUACAGUGUAUAAUCUUAGAAGUUGGUAUCGGUGGUAGAAUGGAUGCAACUAAUGUAGUACCAAAGACUGCAGUUUCAGGUAUUUCCGCUUUAGGUUUUGAUCAUAUGAACUUAUUAGGUGAUACAUUGCCAGAAAUAGCUUUAGAAAAAGCAUGCAUUAUGAAAAAGGGUGUACCAGUAUUUACAGUAGCCUCACAAGCUCCAGAAGCAAUGAAAGUUAUCGAGAAUCAUUCAAAAUUAAUGGAAUCACCACUUUCAGUAGCACCAACACUUUUACAAUAUAACUUUUCCGGUGACAUAGGUCUUAAAGGGGAGCACCAAAGAGAAAACGCAUCAUUGGCUGUAGCUUUAGCAAACUGUUGGAUAGCUCAACAAAAACACAUACCAUUAAAUCAAAUUUUUAAUAGUAAUAAUAAUAACAAAUAUAACUUAUACAAUAGUCAAAUUAAUAAUUAUUCAAGCGAAUAUUUCACACCACUCUUAGAAUCAUUUGAAAAAGGUUUGAGAGACUGUCAAUGGCCGGGUCGUGCUCAACACUUUACUUCAGAACAUUUCCCAAAUAUUGACUUCUAUUUAGAUGGAGCACAUACACCAGAAAGUUCAGUAGUAUGUGUUAAUUGGUGGAAAUCUGUAGCUUCAAAUGAUAGCAACACAAUUCAUGCUAUGAUAUUUAACAGUACCGGUGGCAGAAACCCAAAUUCAUUUUUAAAACCAAUUAUCGAUUCAAUUGAUAACAAAGAAAUUCCAAUAUUUAAUUUAGUUUUAAUUCCAACAUUAUCCAUUGGCAAAGCUAUUGAUAAUAAAUAUUAUAUUAAAGAAAUUAAAAAUCAAAGUAAUAAUAGUAACAAUAACAAUAACAACAACAACAAUAUUGGUUCAAAUGUUAUACCAGAUAAAGCUGCAACUAUUCAACCAAAAGAAGAUACAUGGGAAGAUUAUUGUGUUAAUCGUUAUAUCGAAAUUUCAACAAAUAACCCUCAUCCAGUAGAAGCAUUUGAAAAUAUUGAAUCAUCAAUUGAAAAAAUUAAAGAAUUGGGCCAAAAUGGUAAAAAGAAUGUUAAGGUUUUAGUAACUGGCUCACUCUAUCUUAUUGGUGGUGUUUUACAAACUUUAUUAAAAGAAAAAUCUUUUACCUAA